AUGCAAUAUUCUCAACAAAGCAACACCACAAGUCCUAACAGUAGCAGUAGCAGUGGCACGAGCAGAACUGCUUCUGCUGCUGCUACUUCUGGGGCUAUUGCACCUCAAGUUUCAGGCCACCAACGUGCUUUUCGUGGAGUUCGGCGUAGAAGUAGUGGAAAAUGGGUGUCUGAGAUUAGAGAGCCUAGGAAGCCUAACAGAAUCUGGUUAGGCACAUUUCCUAGCCCUGAAAUGGCUGCUGUUGCUUAUGAUGUGGCAGCACUUGCGCUUAAAGGCCAAGAUGCCGAGCUUAAUUUCCCAAACUCAGCUGCUUCUCUGCCUGUUCCUGCUUCCACUUCGCCUCGUGAUAUUCAGGCGGCUGCAGCCUCAGCUGCUGCUGCUAUAGGUGCUGCAAAGGAUGCUUUAGGGAUUCCAAAUAUGGAGGAUACUAAUCAAAUGGAACAGGAAACUAGGCCAAUUGUCAAUGAUCAGUUUGUUGAUGAGGAUUUGAUAUUUGAUAUGCCUAAUCUUCUUGUGAACAUGGCUGAAGGGAUGCUUCUUAGCCCUCCUCGCUUGGACGUUGCAGGUGAUGAUGCUACAGGAUCCUAUGACAACACUGGAGACCAUAACCUUUGGAAAUUCCCUUGA